AUGAUAUUCAAUUUUUCAUCCCUAUUCCCUACGGUUUGCAAAGUUUAAUUUGUAUAGCGAUACACGACGCCAUUUGAUAAAGGCGGCAGCGACGCAAAGGCUUUUUCUAGAACGCAAGCUAUGCCUUUACAGUUUCUGCUCUUUGCUUAAUUCAUCGACUCUGUAGAUCUCAGACGAAGAUCCGAAUCAUGUCAGCGCUUUUCAACUUCCAUUCGUUUCUGACGGUGGUGCUUCUGAUGAUUUGCACCUGCACAUACUUGAAGAUGCAGUUCCCCACCUUCUUGGAACAGAAAACUGGAUUUCGGGGUUUCUUUUGGAAAGCGGCAAGAAUAGGUGAACGUUUGAGCCCUUGGGUGGCUGUUGGAUGCUUCACGAUGGGGGUGUCAAUAAUAUUCUUCUGAGCAAUUUCGCUUAUUUUGUACAUUUGGUACGAGCUCCAUCAUUUAUUCCGAUUGUUGGCUUAUGAAAACAUAGAUUACUGUUUUUCUUGUGGCAAUGAAGAGGGAAUUCGAAGUGUUUUUGCAGGUCUACUCUUGUAGUAACAAUCUUUUUUUCUUUUUCUUUUGAACAGCUGUCGUAACAUAUUCUUACCCUACACGGGAAUCUGAAGCAUUAUCUGUGGGGCUGUUAUAACAUACAUUGGUGGGGAAGAACAAAUGGUUACUUAUGUUUCUUUUCACGUGAAAUACGAGGAGAUUUAGAAUACCAGUGUCCAAUGAUUUUGUUUGCGAUUUUUAUUACGUGCAACCUUUGAAUCGUUUAGGAUCACUAAGCAUGAUUUUUUUACAUGUUAUUUUGUGACCUUUGGAAUUCGUCCAAUAAUUUGAUAGUAACCUGUUUGAGCUUGGGAGAUCA